CAAUGAUCGAUCACAACCCACACAAGCACACCAAGGACGUCUGAGCUGAGCAGCCAACAUCGACCAUGGAGUUCCCUCGCCUUCUUCUUCCUGCCCAUCUUCUUCUUCUGCUCUUCCUUCCGGCCGUGUGGGUACUCACCGCGUCCGCGGUGGAUGCUCCGGCGGCACGGAAUCCAAGCUGCGCAACAAAGUGCGGCGACAUCGACGUCCCGUACCCGUUCGGCUUAGACCCACAGUGCGCGAUCCACGACGGCUUCCAGCUCAAAUGCACCACCGUGGGCCGCACCACCAAGCUUUUUCACGGCAGCUUGGAGGUGAUCAAGCUCUCCGUGCAGGAUGGCAAGGCCUGGCUCAAGACUUGGGUGUCUCGGCAGUGCUACGACCAAACCACGAACGGGAUGCUGUACAACAACGCGUGGAUGAACAUUACCAACUUGCCCUACGUGCUAUCGGCAGAUGAUAACAAAGUCAUAGUCAUCGGGUGCAGAAGUCUCGCCUACAUGUUGAGCAGCUCUUACAUAAUUGGCUGCUCGUCAACAUGCGACAUGGCACCCAAGAACGGCUCAUGCUCUGGUGCUGGGUGUUGCCAGGCAGAUCUCCCGAAAGGCGUGCAGUAUUAUCAAAGUUUUUUCUAUGAGAACUACAACACGAGUCAAAUAUGGAGGACAACCCCUUGCAAUUAUAUCACAGUGAUGGAAAGCGCAGCCUUCAACUUCAGCACCACUUAUCUCACCUCGUCGGUGUUCUAUGACAUAGACGAGGGAAGGAGCCCAGUUGUUAUGGAGUGGGGGAUCACACGGAAUACAUGUGAAGAAGCCAAAACUGACAAGACUACGCCCUAUGCGUGUGUCAGCAGCAAUAGCGACUGCAUCACAAAUGAUUCGGGCUACCUCUGUAGGUGCUCCAGUGGAUACAAAGGCAAUCCAUACAUCGCAGACGGAUGCACAGAUGUUAAUGAGUGCCUAGACAGUGUUACUUACCCAUGUGCUGGAAUAUGCAAAAAUACACCGGGGAAUUUCACUUGUUCAUGUCCGCGAGGAAAACAUAUGAUGAAUGGUGGUUGCAUGAAAAAUCAGAAGUUGAUUUUGGUGGCACCAGUUGUUGGUGCAAGUGUUGGACUAGUUGUUCUUGUGAUUGUCACCACUUGUGCAUACUUGAUCAGAGAAAGGCGAAAGCUACACCGCAUCAAACAGAAGUACUUUCGACAACAUGGGGGUUUGCUGCUAUUCGAGGAGAUGAAAUCACAACAAGGCGUUGCAUUCAAAAUCUUCCCCGAAGAAGAACUGCAGCAAGCCACAAGGAGAUUUGAUGAACGGCAAGUCAUUGGCCAUGGAGGUCAUGGAAAAGUCUAUAAGGGAGUUUUGAAGAGCGAGGUUGAAGUAGCCGUGAAAAGGUGCAUGACAAUCGAUGAGCAACAAAAGAAAGAAUUCGGCAAGGAAAUGCUAAUCCUAUCCCAGAUCAACCACAAGAACAUCGUCAAGCUCCUCGGAUGCUGCCUUGAAGUUGAAGUCCCCAUGUUGGUGUACGAAUUCAUCCCAAAUGGAACACUGUUCCAUCUCAUCCAUAGCAACCAUGGCGGACACAUAUCCUUGGCCACUCGCAUGAGGAUUGCCUAUGAGUCUGCCGAAGCGCUGGGCUACCUCCAUUCCUGUGCAUCCCCACCAAUCCUCCAUGGCGAUGUCAAGUCUACCAACAUCCUAUUGGAUAGAGACUAUACAGCAAAAGUCUCUGACUUCGGCGCGUCCAUCCUAGCACCAAACGAUGAGUCACAGUUUGUCACACUUGUCCAAGGAACUUGUGGGUACCUCGACCCGGAGUACAUGCAGACAUGCCAAUUAACAGAGAAGAGUGAUGUGUACAGCUUCGGAAUUGUUUUGCUAGAGUUGCUCACACGCAAGAAGGCGUUCAACCUCGAAGGACAUGAGCAUGAGAAGAGCCUCUCGAUGGAGUUUCUGUCUGCGAUGAAGGAGAACAAGCUUGAGGAUAUCCUGGAUGAUCAAAUAAAAAAUAAUGAGAAUGUGGAGGUUCUUGAGGAGAUUGCACAAUUAGCAAGACAGUGCUUGGAGAUGAGUGGCGUGGAUAGGCCAUCAAUGAAGGAAGUUGCAGAUAAGCUUGAUCGAUUGAGGAGGGUCAUGCAGCACCCAUGGGCACAAGAGAAUCCUGAAGAAUUGGACAGCUUGCUUGGAGUGUCAUCUAUGGUCAACUCAGGGUUUGUUACUACAGAAAAUUUCAGCAUCGAGAAAAAAGCUGCUAUGGGCUUAGAAUCAGGGCGUUAGACACACACACACACUCUCUCUCUCUCUCUAUAUAUAUAUAUAUAGGAAAACUAGUGUGUGUAUAUAUAUACACACACACACCAAAACUUAUUUGGACAUACCAUGUCAUAGAUAUUCUUUUACCUUUAAUUGGUAUUCAUCGGCUGUGAUAAUUUGUGUAAGACUAUACGUUUAUGUUGUCUAUAUAACGAUGCAAAGGUCAUGUACUUGUUUUCUUAAAUUUUAUAUGGAUGAACUAUUCUCAUAUGUUGUAACG